GAAUAAGAGCGCUUUGGUAAACGCCCAGGAAAACUGAAGGUUACCAUGGUGACGGUAGUGUACACUGUUAUGGGUUAGCGCGGUCUUACUACUAGACAGGUUUUUGAUUGCAGUCAAAGAUUUUUAGAAGGGGAAGAGUUUUCCAUUCUACGGACUGAAAAGAUGGUCUCCUUUUCAAGGAGAAAAGCAAGAUGACCAUCUUCCUCUGCUGUUGGGGGAGCUUCGUAAACUCCGCGUUUCAGUGGCAGCACUCUCUGAGAUAAACAGGCUAAGGAGUUGCCAGAUCUCUGUAGCCAGAGUCCGGAAAGGUGGAUCAGAGGCUUCUGGCAGAUGUGUCUGCUCCUACCACUGUGGCAGUUCUCAUCCAACAGCCAGAGAAAAUGCAGUCAAAGCAUCUCCAUGAGGCCAUGUCACAAAUCAAGAUGGGGUCCCAAAGAAGACAGGAGAAAGAAGCUGUGUUUGCAAACAAAGUUCACGAGGAUGUCCUGGAGGAGAAAGCUAAUCAUCUAGCAUGGCAGGUUCACCGUGGGAAGGACCCUGUUUCCCCACAAACCAAAAGGCAGAUUUUGGAGGAAAGAAAUAUUGUGAAUCGGGAAUUUAAGGGAGAUACUGGUCUUGAGGAAGACUUUGUCAGGAUCCAGCCUUGGCUAUCUACAGGACGUGUUCAGCGCAGUCAAGAAGAGCUUCCUGUCUGUGUUCCGCUGUACCCUGUCUACCACAAGAGCUCCUUUGAAAUCAGACACAGAGGUCUGUGCCUUUUUCAGCAGGCAGCACGUAAGGUUCUUAUGCGCUGCCGUAUGGAACGCAUGCUUGCAUCUCUGAGGCCACUAGUUCAGAGUAUGAAGAGACUGUCCAGUGCAAAAGCAGGAGUCAUCUCCCUGACCCGAGUUCCAGAUGAGAUGCAAGUUCCACUAAAAUUGUCCCAAGACAACUUCCUCCCAUUUACAUUUCCUUUGGAAAUUCUCCCCAGCCAGGACACAGCUGCUUUGGGUGUUGUGCCUGUGAUGCCUAACAAUGCUCAGCCUAAAAUGCAAAUCCCCUUCUUCCCACUGAAGGUACCUCUUCCAUACAAGCUGAAGGGGUAUGAACCAGUCUCUGCCUUUGAAGCCUUCACAAGCUUUGUUCCCCAUAGCCUGGCAAGACCACUAAGAACUGGAGCUCAGGAUGAGCUCUUGCCCCCAGUAAUCAGGCCUUCUGAGCAUGACCUUCAAGACCAAAAAAAGAAUGAGACUUCUUCAUUAUUGGAGGGAAGUUCUUACCUGACAUUUACAGCCCCUACAGCCAUAUUCUGCUCACCAGAUGCACACCCACUUAGAGUUUUUAACCCUGCCCCAGGACUACAUGAUUUCAAGCCGCCACUUCCUUAUCUAGAGAGUGAACUUGAUUUCUACCUGUGCCCACUUCUGAAGGGCAUCUCUGGCAAGGGAACAGGCAACACUUAUUCACUUAGAAGCCAGAGGAAAUUCCUGGACAGAACGGAAGUGAUCCGUGGUGUGAUGACUUGGAAGAAGUUUGAGUCAGCAGUUUUAUCAACUCUGUCCAGCACCUCCCCUGAGACCACUGCUUGGGCCCCAUGCAUGUCUGACCUCUUUAAUGAAGAUAUACUCCCUACAAUGGCACCUCCUCCAAUGGAAAGAAUACCUGAGGAUCUGAAGGAGGAUUUGCAAGAUGGGCUGAGCACAAAUGUGGGUCUUACCUCUGCGAUGGUAAGAGCUAAAUUUCCUCUUAUUGAAAGACACCAGCCCAGACAACUCAAACUGGACACAGUUAAAGAUGAAAGAACUCAAAAACACCAACAACUAAAACCAAGAUCUCAAACAAGUAACCUGGGACCUAGAGUGCAGGCGAGGCUGAGCCAAAUGAAGGUCAUGGUGACUUCAUCUACAAAUGACUAACCUAGGAGAGAAAAAGGUUGUAUGUAUAGACACUAUGUGUGUGCUAGAGAUAUACACAUUUCCCUGUGGCAUAAUUGACAUAUCAUCUUGGAAAACAAUAAAGUAUUGAUAGACACAAUGUGCAUCAUAAUGUAAAUUCACGUAAUUUAACAGUGUGCUGAUAGUUGACAUAUUAGUGUUGUCCUGUUUGUUGCAAUUCAAGAUCAUCUCUCAGAGCUUUCAUCUACCAGCUAUUCAUGUAUAUUCACGUGUUACGUGUGGAGCCCAUAGCUGCACUCCUUGUGUGUGGGUGUGUGUCUGUAUGUUCUGUACAUGCACGCUUCAAUUGUUUUUGUUAAAAGGGACAGUGCUCAAUACUCUAGCAGGCAAUCAUGUCCUGUCCAAUUCUGUCACCCAAUCGUCACACUCAUCUGUCCGCAUUACGUCUCCAUCGGCCAACCAUCGUGCUGGAGAGGAGGAGCCGCCAUCUUAAAUCUUGCCCAGGAGGACCUGCUUUUUUCUGCUGCCUGCCGUUUGUUAUAUUCACGUUUGUCACGGCUCGUUGGAGCUUUGUUUCAGAGGACUGGACAAGGAAGCAGGGUCGCCCCUAUACAUUGCACCACGUAGGUUCGAGCCUGUGUUGAGACACCCUUGGUAAAGGAGCAGGAGCAACCUUCUGUAUUUAUGUUUUCAUAGGUAAGGUUAGAAUAGUUAGACUAGCCUUGUUAGGGAAGCUGUUUGGUUUUAUUGUGUUCUUUACUUUUGCGCUGCCCACAGUCCAGUCCCCCUCUCCUUUUUUCUUGCGAGUUUUGUGUUUAGUUAAUGCCCUGCAUUGUUCCCUUUGUUUUCCUUUGACAACCGGUUGUGUAUUUCCGGUGAAAUAAAUUUCCCUUCUUUUACUCCCUGGGUGUAUGUGUGAGUGUGUGUGUGGAAUAUCUGUUUGGGUUGUUCGUCCACUGUCCAAAACUUAAAUGUUAUUGCUCCCCCUCCAUCCCUAGACU